UGGAGGACCAGAGCACACUGGACAAAUAGAAAAGACCAUAAACACUGAACUGCAUUUAGAGGUGCUGAGCGAUAUAACUCCUCAUCUCUGGACAUUCAGACAACUUCCGUUUGGGUUUGACCACAUCAGGGGUGACCACUCAAAAACAGAUCAGAUAAGAACAAUACCAAGGAGAAGGAACCAUCAACAACCAACAUGACACAGAAAAAGGUGGCUCCAACAGUAAACACAGUGGCUGGAAGCAUGCCUCCGAGCUAUGAAGAGGCAAACGCAGGCUGUCCAAGCUACUGUUACGCCGAUGGUACAUUUUCCUGGGAGGACAAGAACAUCAGACGUGUCUUUAUCAGAAAGGUUUAUUCCAUUCUAAUGCUGCAGCUGCUUGUUACCAUGGCGAUUGUGGCUGUUUUCACGUUUUCGGCGCCAGUAAGGUUCUACGUUCAGACUCAUCCUGGACUUUACUCUCUGUCCAAUUUGCUAUUUCUUGGAACUUAUUUGACGCUGUCUUGCUGCGCAGAUGUAAGGAGGCAGUUUCCUUGGAAUCUGAUUCUGCUAACAAUCUUUACGCUGUGCAUGGCCUCCAUGUUGGGCUUUGUUUCCAGCUACUACAACACAAAGUCAGUGGUUCUCUGUCUGGCUAUCACUGCUAUGGUGUGCCUCUGUGUCACCAUCUUCAGCUUCCAGAGUUCGAUUGAUGUCACUUCCUUCCAGGGCGUUCUGUUCACGCUGUGCAUGGUCAUGCUCUGCUGUGCGCUGGUCAUGGGAUUUGUAGUCCCGUUUGGAUAUGUUCCCUGGUUACAUGCAAUCUAUGGGGUCAUAGGAGCAAUCGUCUUUACCAUGUUUCUGGCGUUUGACACUCAGCUGCUGAUGGGGAACAAGAUGUACGCUAUGAGCCCUGAAGAGUACAUAUUCGCUACUCUGAGUCUCUACCUGGACAUCGUCUACCUCUUCUCCUUCCUGCUACAGCUUUUUGGUCAAGGAAGGGAUUAAUUCAUCUUCUAUUCAUCUACUUUUUCACUCACUAAACCAACAAUCACCAUCUUGCAUUCAUAGUGUACACUCUGAAAAAAGAUGGUGCUUUAAGGGCUGGUUAAUAAAGAAAAUGGUUCCAUAUAGAACCAUGAACACUUGAAGAACCCUUUGAUUAAAGGGUUCUUUGCAUCAGGAAAGGGUUUAUUGGAUUUUUUGGAUUUUAUUGGUUUAUCGGACAUCUACAACAUUGAAGUAAAUAUUUUGUAGAUGUUCUGUAGAUGGUUCUAUAUAAAACUUUUUGACCCAAAAAACUCUUUUGGGUGAUUUAUAAAACCAUUUUCAAAAGGAAGCAUCUAGAGCACAUUAUCCAACAAUUCUAAGAACCCUUUCCUGAUGCAAAGAACCCUUUAAUCAUGCAAAGGGUACUUCUCUUUACUAAAGAACCAUUGAAGCACCAUCUUUUUAAGAGUGUAGGUACAGCACUGUGCAGAACUCAGAAACCACCUUCAUUAAUUUCAUUUCCAGUCAGCAUAGCCAUUCAGUACAAAUCAUUGAUUUUCAGGAGGUAUUUUGGUGUUGUUGGAAGAAAACCUUGUAUCUCCAAAAUGGUAACUUUGCACGAGAAGGAAAAAUCCUACAUCACUUUUAA